GCGAAUGAAAAAUAUUCCGAAAAGCGAGCUCAAUUUUUGCUGGCAUUACGAAAAUUUUCAUUCGCUCAGAACGCAACGAACCGCCAAAAGGAACGCAAGUCGCCAUCGCCAACGUUAUUGCCACAAGUUGAAGGGGCAUGCGACAGCAGCAGCAUGGAGAUACCGGAUACAGUGUCGGUGCGAAGAUUUCGCGAGUUCAGUCCACGACAGAAGCACGAGCUCUACGAAACGCUGCUCGAGCUGAGCGAAACGCUGGAGGAGCUGCCCAAGCGAUCGCUGCGCAAGACGCUGGAACUCACGCUGGCUGUGCUGGAGUACAAAGGCGAGUUGGCACAGAAGCUGGAGUCGAGUGGCGAGCGACGCCUCCACGAUGAGAACGAGAAGCUGAAGCGUAUGGUGCAAAAGCUGGAGGAUGAACGCGACAAUCUGAAACAGAAAACAAAGGAGUUGAGUGAGGAGAUCAAUCGACAGCAGCAGCAGCUGAGGGAAGCGGCGCUGCAGGCGGAGGCAAGUGACAAGGACUCCUCGGAUCCGCUGUCCGAGUUGGAUAAACAGGAGCAGCUUCUGCACAACAUCGAUACCAAGAACAAGCACAUCAAGCGGCUGCUGCGAGAAAUUGACUCCCUGCAAAACCAGAACAUUGUGCAGUCCAAGACAAUAGCGCUCAAUGAGCAGGAGCUGCAGCAGAUCAAGACGCGGCUCGUGCAGAUCUCACAGGACAUCACACAAGUGGAACAGGAACGCAAAUCUCUGCAGCAAACGAUGCAGCAGCAGAGUCUGGAGGUGACACGCUUAGAAGGCAACGUCACUUUCCUCGAGGAUGAACGCGAGAAGCAGGAGCUGGAGAUGCGACAGUUUCUGGAGAAGCACGAGACGCAGGCGCUCAGCUGGCGAACGUCGUUGGAGCAAAAGGAGCAGGAGCUGCAGCAGAUGCGUAAGCAACUGGAACACAAUAAAAUCACUGGCCACAACUUGAUGUUGAGCAGCGCGAGCAGCAGCCAAAGCCAGCAGGACGAGGAGCAAACACGACUGCGUCAUUUGCUGGAACUGCGCGAGCAACGCAUUGAAACGUUGGAGGUCAAGCUCAAAUCUGUAGCUGAUGAAAUGGCCAGUUCCACGAAGCUAAUGAAUCAGUUGUCUAUGCAGCGCGAGACUUCAUUGAAUCCUCAAAAGCCACGCGCUUGCUGCCAGCUCAUCGAGGAGCGUCUGCGUGCAGCGAAUGCCAGAGCACAACAACUGGCCGAGCUGCUAGACAGCACCGAGCAGGACAAUGUGCUCAAAGCGAAGCAGGCGCUGCAUUCCCUCACAGCUCUCGAAUCCUACAAGCGUGGCGAGGAUGGCCUUGUGCCUGCGCUGCGUCGUUGCGCCGGCCUCGAGCAGAAGCUGAGCGACCGGGAGAAACAGUUGCGCAGCUACACACAAGAGCUGAAUGCCAUGCACGAACUGGCGCAAGAGAACGAAGUGCUGCGACGUCGUCUCAACAUUCCCGACGACGUUGUGGUGCUUUCGAAGCAAGUGCGCGCCAAGCAGCGGAACAAGGAUAAACAGAUCGAACGCCUGACGCUCAAGUUGCGCACUUCCGAAGAGCUGCGACUGCAGCUGAAGCUGGAAAAAAGCGAGCUGAGACGAAAGUUGUUGGAGCGACAACCACUGCAGGAGGAAUCAGUGCAUCAUCAGCAGCAGCAACCGAGUGAGAUGGGUGAGGUUCCUUCGAGUGCGCCGCUGGAGAAUUCACCGCGGCGUGGGCAGGGCGAUGGCGCCGCCAGCUCCGAGCUGCAAACAAAAUACGAAGAUGUGCUGGCCGAGAAUGAAACGCUGCGCAUGGGCAUGUAUGAAAUCCUCGAGAAGAUGCGCGAGUACGAUGCCACUUCGGAUCACAUUACCAUCGACUCUGAACUGCUGCGUCGCCUCAUCGAUGCGUUGCCCGGCGGAGCAGCGACGCCGCAGCGUCUACAGAGUCAGCUGCAGGAGCUGAAGGCCCGGGAGGAGGCGCUUUGCCAACUGCUGCAGCAGAAUGUCAGCGAGUCGGAGACGGGCGAAUUGUCCUCAGUGCACAGCAUGCGCGAUGUGUCCGAAAUGCCCGACGAACAAAUAGAGAGCAGCAGCAAUGUCAUCGACACAGCAACGCGACCAACAACUCCCAAUGAGCUGAACGAGGCACUGCAGCUGCCCAUCAUCAGCGAGAACGGAGAACGGGAGGCGGAACAGCAACCAAGGCCAAGUUCAGCGGAGCUUGGUGAGCUCGUCAUUCUGCGUAAACACUAUGAGGAGAUGCGUCUGCACAUGGCUGCUGAUGGCGACGAACUGAUGCGCUACAAUCUGGAGCUGCACGAGCAGCAGAUGAGCCUGGAGCGGCAGCUGCAGGAGCAGAGUAGCUCCUAUGGUUAUAUGCGUGCGGAUUACGAUCAAUUGUUGACGCAGUUGAAGCAACAGGAGCUGCGCUACAUUGAGGAUAUCGCAGGUAUACAAAAGCAGUUGGAGCAGCAAAAAUCCCAACUGGCUGCCAAGACGGAGCAGCUGACAACGCUGCAGCGAACGCAGCCUUGCACGGCGGAGGAGCGACAGCAGUUGGAGCAGCGUAAUUCACGCUUGAGUAUGCAGCUGGCGCAGGCGAUGGAGCAGCUUCUGGGCGAGUUGAAGCUUCCGGAUAUUUGUGCGGAUUAUGGCAUCAUUGAGGACAACUAUCAGCUGAGCUAUGUGACCGCGCAGGAGUUUGAACAGCAGCGUCAGGAGUUGUCCACGUGGCGUCAGCAACAGGCGGAGUUGCAGCGGGAAAACAAGCAGCUGGAGGGGCUGCUUCAGGUUGCCAAUGGACAGAUACAGUCGCAGCAGAAACUGCUCAACGAGAUCACCGACAAUCACAUCAAUCUGCGGCAUCUGGUGGCCGAUCUUCAGAGCAGCUCUGGCGACAAGCUGCUGCUGGCCAAGAUGCAGCGGGAUCUGGAUGCAGCUAAAACGGAGACUGUGCGCUUGGAGCUGGCUCACAAGGAUGUGCAGCAACAUGUGGCGCAGCUGGAGACGCAACUGCAGGCAGCCGAGCAGCUGGCGAUGGAGACUCAACAACAGUUUCAGCUAGAACGCAGCAGCAGCGACAUCAAGCAGAAAUUCCUGCAGCGUUCGCUGUUCACGCUCAAGGAGAAAUAUGCCAAAUUCACGCCCUUGAUCUUCCUCAACAACUUUGUCUUCGCUUAUCAAAAGUUCCACAAAUCCCAACAGCAAUUGCAGCCACAAGAAUCCAGCGACAACUCCACGCUUGUGGAGCAAGUGUUGCAAGCAGUGCAUAGUAAGUUGUCGCCACAUGAGGAGAACUCACAGCAGCUCAUCAAGUUGAUUAAAUCCGAGACGCAAACGAAGCUUCUCGAGCAGCGCUGCGAGAGUUUGCAGUUGAGGCAAAUUGAGUUGCAGCAGGAGCUGAGUGAACUGCGUCUGCAACAUGCCACAGACUCCGAACAUUGGCAGACGAUCCAAGCAUUGUUUGGACAUGCGUCAGCGGAGGAGUCCAAGGAGACAAAGGUGGAUGUGGCCACCAAUACAAUAGGCGCAGCUCCAGUUCCAGCGAUGCGUCGCACUGCGCAGCUGAUCGACAAGCAAUCGUCGCCCAUAGGUUCGCCUAGUAGAAGAUUGUCCAGUCAAGAUAUGGGUAUACAGACGGAGCAGGCAGCUGCAGUGCAGCUCAUGGAGACGGCUGUGCAGACAAAUGGCAGCCAAGUGGAGAAGCAACCACAACAGCAGCAACAGCCGCAACAACAACAACAGCAGCAUCAAGCUGUGCAGACAGCGCAGGAACAGCUCACAAAUGAUCUAGAGCUGCAACAGUUGAAAGCAGCUCUUCAGGCAGCCAACGUGCGCAUCGAUGAGCUAACGCAGCAACUGGAAACUUCCAUUCCUCCUCCCAAUCCAUCCAGUGAGUCCGACAGUCAGCACAGCGGCGUUGUGGAGAAAACAAUUCUCUCCUUCCACACUCUACUCCUCGAGAAGGAUCAGUCCAUACAAAAGUAUCAGGAUCUGCUGCAAACGGAGAGAGAACAAAAUCAACAACUGAUCACCAAGCAAUCCGCAGAGAAUGAAACCCUAAAAGCCACAGUCAACAAUCUCAACUUUAAUAUCAAGACCAAGGAUCAGGAAAUAUUAGAGUUGAAGUCCAAGCUAGAGUUGCAAAAGACACCGGAUCGUGUAACCGUGCCUUCUACGGACAAUUCUCUAAACGAAUUGACGGAUGAGAGAAUCGAGGAAAUGUUCGAGCACAGCUCAACCGAUCGAAGUCCAGAGCGGCAACAGGAACAGGAAGAGGUGGAACAGGAUUUGGCUGUAGGUGAAGAUGAAGUGGCUGGCGAAGAGGAAAAGCAGGAUACCGAAGAGCUCAAAGAGCUGCCCACGCUGCACAAACAGAUCAAGGAGCUCAAGGACAAGCUCAUCUAUUGUGAACAGAAUCUGGUAACGCGUGAGGAGGAAGUGGAUAUCUUGAAGGAAAAAUUAAAGCUCUAUCAGGAUCGUGAAAAGUGCGCGGAGAGCAGCAGCAGCAAUCCCGAGCUGGAGCAGCUGCGAGUCUUCCUGGAGGAAAAGGACAAGCACAUACGUGAUCUAAUGGACACACUCAAGAACUUCCAUGACGAUCAGCAGCGUUACAUCAACGACACCUCCAACUACUCAGCAGAGCAGAUUGCUAAGCUGGCAGCCGAUCUCAAUCGCACCGAGGCCACCAACAAGAUCUAUCACACACAAAUGGAGGCACUGCGUCGUCAGUUGACUAAUGUCACUCAACGCGAGAAGCAAGCUCGAGAUUUGAGUCAAUCGCUGCGCCAACAGUUGCUCAAACGUCCCGUGGUAUCCAUAAAAACUGAGCUGAAUGCACGCGUCAAGAACGAGAAUCUGCAGAAGCGAAUACAGCAGCUGGAACUGGAUCUGGAUGAGUCAAGGGCGCAACUGCAACGCCAGCAGACGCUGCUAGAGGCGAAGCGAACGCGCAGUGCCAACGAAGUGGGACUUUGGGAGAAGCAAAAGCGCUGGCAGCAGCAAGCGGAGAAGCUCAAGUUGAAGCUGGACGAGACCGAGCUGGCGCUGGAAAAGACUCGCACACUGCUCCAAGCAGCACGCACCACGAUCGCGAGACUGGAGAAGGACAAGCAUAUGCUGGAGAACAAACUGGGCAGAGGAGGGGCGACUGGUUCAGCAAAUGCAACAGCCUCAAGUGGCAAUCAUGCGAAUGCACUGAAAUGCUGUCGUGCUCCGUCCUGUCCCAAUCUCCAGCAUGUAGGUGCGGCCAAGUUUACGCCUUCGCCCUCGGAGAGUCCCGAGACGUACACGACGGGUCCAAGCAGCGAGUGCAGCUCGCCGGCUCAUCAUCAAUCACAGCCAAGUGCGGGACAUCAUCACAGCUUCUAUGAGCAGGGACAGUCGGAGUUGAUUGAGGCGCUCAAGGCGCGCAUUGAGAUGCAGCAGCGGAAAAUUAUUGCUAUGGAGCUGGAGGGACGAGGCACAAAUGCACUGACCACGGAGCUGGAGAAGCUACAGGAACGUUGCCAGGCGAUUGAGGCGCAGAAUAUACGUUUGGAGGCACGCAAUCUCCAGCUGCAGCUGGACACGGAUUUGCUGCGUCAGGGCGACAGCAGCGAUCGCUUGCACAAGCGUAUCAAGCACCUGGAAGACUAUAUAUUGGCACUCAAGGAGGAAAUGGCGCGUACUGAAUCCCGUCGAGAAUUGUGCAAAUGCAGUGGCCUCAAGGUGAACACACAUCAAGGACAAUCCGCUGAGCACACGAUUCUCUCACUGCGCAAUCUCGUAGAGAAGUUGCGUUCGGAAAACAAGUUCCUCAAAGAUGGCAGACUUUCCAGCGAGUCACGCAGCUCUACGGAUUCGCUGCCUGCGUCUGCGGAAUUAACGCGACUGCAGCAACUUCAUGCUGAGGCUUUGGAAAAGAUUUCAACGCUGCAGCAAGAUCUGAAGCAACGCAGCGGAAGUGGCAAGCAACCGGAAGAGCUGAAGUACAUCAAGGAGCAACUGCAGAAGAAAACGCAAUUGUUGCAAAAGGCAAAAGUUUUGUUGACACGCGCGGCUGCCAAGGAGAAAAUGCUGCGUGAACAAAUCUCGGUGUGGAAACGCAAAUGCUCUGAAUUGCAGAAUGUUCCUGUCAUCGAUGAAAUUAGUGAAUAAUCUUAGUUUUAAGCUAAAUGUUGUACAUUAUUACAUUUCAUAUAUACAGAAAAAAGAAACGGACGCGCAAAACGGUUAAAUUAGAAUUUAGUG